UGUUUCAUUUCUUCCUCAUAGCCUUGGUUCACAUCUGUCCUUUGAAGCAGCAUUGCAGUUCUUAGUUUUCUGAAGUAUUAAUGUAAGAAUAUAUCGAAGACAAAAUAAGGAGCUUGUAUUAUUGAUUACGUACCCUUUUUUUGUCGUUCUUGAAAUACAGUGGCUAUACUUCAUACAUCUUCAUAGACUACAACUUUCUACUUGUAACCCUAGUGAUUUUUCCCAAACUACUUUGCAGUUAAAAAACAAUUAAAAAAAACCCUUGAGUUUGCUGGCACCUGCCUCCAACAGAUUUGAUUAGUUAUUUUAUGCUGAAUGCAAAGAAAGUUAUGACACUAUAACAGCAUGCUGCUAUCUAGUUUUGUUUCCACUUUGUCAAAACGUUUGAGGAGGUUUAAGACUGAGCUUUAUUAAGUGGAAGCAUCUGUGCCUGAAGGCCGCUAGAAGCAUCUGCAACUAUGCUGUGUGGACCAGAGCUUGAAAUCUUUUGCUGCAAAUUUAUAUAUUCAUUGUUGAUCUGCAUUGCAGCUUUUUUCAUAUGUUGUUCUUUUUAGCAGUGAAUUCUCAGAAUAAAUAGGGUAGCAUCAGUAGGCUAAGAUGAUCAACAUCUGAAUGUUACUGUAGUAAGGCAUUGCAGGGUGCCAGGGUAGGAAAUUAGUAUUAGUAAUUAGUAUACAGGUGUUAUUACCUGUAUUUCCCUUUCUAAAUAAACCAGAUAGAAUUCAUAGGCAAAAAAAUGGAAUAGCUAAAAUAACAAUGGGAUGUGUGAAGACUAUUAAAAGUAGUCUAUAAUUGAGAGACUGAUUGGACCGAUUAAUAAAAUUCAAGACUUCACUAUGCAAAAAAAACCCAGUUGUGUAUAGCAUAGUUUCUCUCUGCAACAGUAUAAGCACACAACCAACCUUCCCAGUUCCAUGUUGUGUUGGGGGAAAAAAGCUUCAUCAAAUUAAUGCAUGUUUUCAUGUUAUGGCCAGAAAUGUGACAUUAGAGAAUCCAUGAUUUUGUCUCCAUGUCUGGUGCUCUGCUUCUUUGUUACUGGAUUAAUCCAAGCCAUGUUGUUACCCUUUCUGUUAAGUUCUCCAUUUCACCUCUGUAGGGAUUUGGUGGCAAAUUUAUACAAAUUUAUACAGUCUCUAGGGUAGCAAUAUCUGUUUUGAGUGGCUUUUCUGGUCAAGAAGAGGGGAUGAGUUAGCUGCUCUGCAUUGUAUUCCUUGCACCUUAUUUCUCAGCAGACUGAAGUGCUACUUGGAUACUACUGCUGCAUGCUAAUACAGAUGCCUGUCUAGAAAGCAAGUCCUGGUUUUCUUAAGGCUGCAGCUGAUUUAUUUCCCCUUGAGUCAGGAAAAGUUAUCAACCAGUUCUGUCUGUCUUCAUUCUUGAUUCCUAAUGUCAUAUCUCUUGUUGCCUUACUAGCUCUCUUCCAGGAUUUCGCCCCACUUUUCAUUUGUGUAGUGGCAAUUUUAGUUCUUAUCCAAUAUAAAGGUCAUGUAAAUGGGUUAAGUUUUCUUUUGUCUGACUUUCUUGUAUUUGAGAAAUACAAGACUUACCAACCUCUGCAAGGUGGUAGAGGGAGGAGAAGCAAGUUUUGAGACUUGGUUCUAUGAACAUUUUAUCAUACUGUUUUAUGAAAGUUUGACCAUAAAUACAAAAAUCUUUCAAUGAAAAUAUCAAAAAUAUCAAAUAUUUAUUUUGGUUUCCUUAAUUUAGACAUAUUGUUCCAUGUUAGUUGAGAAUUUUACUGGUUUAUAGCAAAUGAAGUAGACUGUGUAACACAAUUUAAUCCAAACGGAACUUCAUAGAAAUAAAACCCACCACGUUUUAAAAUAUUUGUGUUGAAUGUGGGUUUUUUUUUCCUUCCCUUGACUUCGAUAUACAUAGUUUUAUGUACAUUGCUAUACGGGAAGUAUUUAGAAGUAGAAGCACAGAGCCUCACUGCACAGCGGCCAGCACAGGGCUGCUGCCUCCAGGCCUGGAACGCCUCCACCUUCUGUUGCGAGCCAGCCCUGGAGCUGCAGAAGCCAGGGCAGCCUUUCAGGAUUGCCAUGUGGGCUCUCUGUGUUGCUUGUGCUUGGUAACCUCCUACAGCCCAGGGCUUGUGUGGGCGUCACUGGGGCUGUGCUCAGCAGUCUAAGCCAAGGAGCGCUCGUUUAGACAGAACUGGAACCCAGGUAGUUGCCUCGUGUGAAGGCACUGGUUUAGGAGAUGAGAAUCGCACCCAGUAAGUUCUUGGUUUUUGUUUUCCCACAAGCUGCUACCAUGGCAAUCAAGGUGACAAAUCAAAUGGAUCUGUUUGGUAGUAACCUCAAUUUGAAUUAUUGGUGGGACUUUAACGGCCCAGUGUUGCUACUCCUUAAUGCCAAAUCUAACUUACCUUUGUAAAAAUAUUUGUAAUAUUUAUGUUGAUUUUUUUUUAUUACUUAUGACUGCAAAAUUCAUCAUGAGGAAUUGUAAUUUCAGAGAGAAAUUUCUGUUGGGUGGUUUUGUUGUUGAUACUCUAUUUUUACUUCAACUAAAUGAUCAUUUGGCAUUUGGGGUUGGGUGUUGGUUUGGUUUUUUUUUCCCCUUUAGAGAUCACAUGGUCUUCUAAAGAAGUCAUGGGUAGCUGUUGUAGCUGUCCAGAUAAAGAAACUGUCCCAGAUAACCAUCGAAACAAGUUUAAGGUUAUUAAUGUGGAUGAUGACGGUAAUGAACUGGGUUCUGGCAUAAUGGAACUUACAGACACAGAAUUAAUUUUGUACACGCGUAAAAGGGACUCUGUAAAAUGGCACUACCUCUGUCUCCGUCGCUAUGGCUAUGACUCAAAUCUUUUCUCUUUUGAAAGUGGCCGAAGGUGUCAAACUGGACAAGGAAUCUUUGCCUUUAAAUGUGCCCGUGCAGAAGAACUAUUUAAUAUGUUGCAAGAGAUAAUGCAGAAUAAUAGCAUAAACGUGGUAGAAGAACCAGUAGUAGAAAGGAAUAAUCAUCAGACUGAGUUGGAAGCUCCAAGAACUCCUCGAACGCCUACCACUCCUGGGUUCAUUGCACAAAGUUUACCUAACGGCUAUCCCAGAUAUCCAUCUUUUGGAGAUACUUCAUCACAUCCUUCCAGCAGACAUCCUUCUGUCGGAAGUGCACGCCUCCCCUCUGUCGGUGAAGAAUCAACACAUCCUUUACUUGUAGCAGAGGAGCAAGUGCACACUUAUGUCAACACUACUGGGGUACAAGAGGAAAGAAAAAAUCGAUCAAGUGUGCAUGCGCCACUGGAAUCAAAGCUUUCAAACACUGAAACAACUAAAGUGAAAGAAGAUCAAAUGUGUACUGAUGACAGGGAUGCUCAGGUUCUCCUGGAGCCUGAAGGAGUCAAGUUUGUUUUAGGACCAACACCUGUUCAAAGGCAGUUAAUGGAAAGAGAGAAACUGGAGCAACUUGGGAGAGACCAAGUUAGUGGCAGCAGCACAAACAACACUGAAUGGGACACUGGGUAUGACAGUGAUGAACGUAGAGAAACGCCAUCUGGUAAUAAAUUGGUGUAUGAAAAUAUAAAUAGGUUAUCAAUCCCUAGUGCCUCAGGGGUCAGGAGAGGUCGUUUGACAUCAACCAGUACCUCAGACACCCAGAACAUUAACAACUCUGCUCAGAGGAGAACUGCGCUGUUGAACUAUGAGAACUUGCCAUCCUUGCCUCCUGUUUGGGAAGCCCGCAAGCUGAGUAGAGAUGAAGAUGACAGUUUAGGACCAAAGACCCCAUCUCUGAAUGGCUACCACAAUAACCUAGAUCCAAUGCAUAAUUAUGUCAAUACAGAGAAUGUAACAGUACCAGCAAGUGCUCAUAAAGUAGAAUUUACACGACGUCGGGACUGUACCCCAACAGUCUUUAACUUUGACAUUAGGCGUCCAAGUUUAGAACACAGGCAGCUCAACUACAUACAGGUUGACUUGGAAGGUGGUAGUGACUCCGACAACCCUCAGACUCCAAAAACCCCCACCACUCCACUUCCGCAAACUCCAACCAGGCGCACAGAGCUGUAUGCUGUGAUAGACAUUGAAAGAACUGCUGCUAUGUCAAGCUUGCAAAAAGCACUGCCCCGAGAUGAUGGUACUUCUAGGAAAACUAGACAUAACAGUACUGACCUGCCUAUGUGAGCCUGGGAAGCAUUAAAUCAUUUGCACCUUUUGUGAAGUUUAUAAAAUUGAAGAUGCAAAUACAUUGCAUUUCUUAACACUAACGCCUUUUAUAGACUAAUAGAACUUUUUCUGCAUACUUCAUGUACUUGUCUAACUAAAGGGAAUUAAUGUAGAGCAAGUAUUCAUUUAAGUAACACAAUUUCAUUCUACAGUAGUAGUAAUUACUGCAUAGCAGCAUCACCACCUUUCACAGUGCCUCUUUAAAUUGAUUAGAGUCUGAGUGACAUGCCAGUUUUGAAUUUAUAAAUAUUCUGAUCUGGUGCCUAUACUCGUUAAUGACAUUUAUAACACUUUUUAAAGCCUCUUGAUAUGUGCAUUAUUAGCAGGUAAACCUAAUCUUUCAAGAUACCUAUCUUAUGUUCAUUCCUCAUUGAAGUGGCUCCUCCAGAAUGAAAUGUAUGUAAUGCAUUAAUUCACUCAGUUUGAUGUACACAAGAUGUAUUGGUUCAUCUCAAGGGAUAUAAACACCACACCUUUUUUGUCUUUUUUUUUUUUUUUUUAAGACCUGGGCAAGACCUGGGCAAGAAGGCCUCUAAUUCUGAAUAGUUUUCUUAACAUGUGUGAUAUUUGAGAGGUCACAUCAAAGUUCAUUGACCAGAGCUAUAAACGCAACUAAACCCAGCCUUCAGCUCCUUACACUAGAAGAGAAUUCCGAGUGGUGUAUCAAGUUCCUUGUGAAAUCUGACAGAAUUUUAAUCUCAUUAGAGUUUUGGGAUUUUUUUUUUUGUGAAGGAAUUCACAGGAUAGCUGUAUGAAUUAAGGCUCUCUUGUCAUUUCUUAGUUCAGUGUGCCUUCCUUUCUUUGCAUUUGUGUGUUUUUUAUCUGUUCCAUAAUGUCUUGGUUUAAAAGUCAAAAUUUUGUACAUAGCUUUAAUUAUUGUUCAGGGUCAUUUACGUGUUUGUCUCUCUGCAUUUGACAAAGACAGACUCUGGAAGGUCAAAUGGUUGUCUUUGUCCAGUGUUCUACUUUUUUAUGCCUGACAGAAAUAUCCCAGCUCUCCAGCAGCAUGCAUUAUUGCACAACUGGAAAGGUUUAUUAUGCAGUUAUUGUCUUCCUCUAAAGCAUCAGACACAGGUUACACGGGAGGCAGGGUACUGGACUUGAUAGUUCUUUACAGAAAAUUGUACAUUCUAGCAAUGUGCAUCCAUAGUUGAUAGUAUACUUUAAUUUAGAAAGAUAUGUAGUAAAUUAUCUGAAGGUAGUAUUAUCUACGAGCAUACUACUUUUCCUUUUGCAGUUGGUGAACUUGGUUACAAUGAUGGCUGCUCAGUGUUACAGGUACAUCCACAUCCAGGUAGAAUGUUGUUUGUUGAAUAUGCCAAAUGCACCCUUAGCAGAAGUUUUGGGUUUGGUUGGUUGGUUUGGUGUUUUUUUUUUUUUUAAUACUCUGAAUAAUUUUAGAAUUCUGGCAGUAUUGCAGGUGCACCUUGGUACUAGCAGCAGAAGAGGUUACUGUUGAGCCUGUGAUUGCAAAGGAACUGACACUUGUCUGAACUGGUGUGAUGUAAAAUAACCCUUGAACUGUGAGUUAGGAAAAACAUGCAAGAAAAGCCAUUUGGAGAUCUGAAAAAGAAUUAAGGGUCUUCAUGCAAUAUUUGAAUUGAAGUUUUAUAAAAAACAAGCUACAAUUAUUUUCAGUCUUUUAAAUCAGAGUGUAUUCCUGUUCCUUUCUUAUCUUUUUCUUUGGUUUUCUCUCAGUUUAGUAGUGGCAGCAGUGGUAGCACCUGAAAUACAUGUGUCUUGCCACACACCAUCAAGGGAUACCGGGCAACCUUUGCUCUGACCUUCAUUAUUCUUUACAGACUGUAUGGUACUAAAAUACCAGAUGCACAAAGAACAAAAUUUGCAGAAGUAAAAGAAAAAGAUGGGAGUCAUUGAGACCAUUAUGAGGAACUUAAAUGAGAUUUAAAAAAAACCCUUAUUAAUGAUUUCACGGUCAACCUAUGCUUACUCUUGUGAUGGACCCAUUGACUUGUGGGGAGAUCUUGGUACUCAAGAAGGUAAUGACUACCUAGAGCUAGAUAUUUUACAGGUCUGCAGUGUUAGUGCUCCUUCACGUCUUUGCCAUUGCCUCACCUUACGCUAUGGACCAGUCUUGGUCUGUACUGAAGAGAAAUUGCCAGGUAUUGCAAAAUAAUACUUACUGGGUUCGUGAUACUGGUGUCGUUCUUGUUCUUAGCAUAUAGCUCACUUAAGUUUGUGAGCCAAACUAAUGCUUCAGCAUGUGUUUUGAGGCAAAUGUGUUUGAUCUAGCUAGCUGCCUAGAAAUACUUGGUCCUCAUCUGUAUAGUAUGGGUGUUUCAGAAAUACUAAUUAAUUGGACCCUUAAAACACACCUGUGAGGCAGGGAAGUAAUAAUCUGAAUUGACAAAUAGGGAAACAGAGGCUUCAGGUAGAUCUUAAGUGACUUGCUGAAAUUACACCAACCAGCCGUAUCCCUCUUUAGUUCUGGGGCACUGUCCUAAUAGCCUCAGAUAUGAGGGAUGGUCUGAGUAAUACUUUUUUUAUGUUGCAAGUUUCGCAAUACUUCAUAGGGGGUGUUUUCUUAGCUCUGGUCCCCAGAAUUGAGAACAUACUGAAAUUUCAACUUUCUGUAGCCUUAAUUAUAUUAACAAGUCUGAUGAUGUAUUUUCCAGAUUUAUUUUUUUACCCUCUUACAUUUUACAGGUGGGAUAAUACUUUCUCAUUUUGUGUACACUGCAAAGAUACUGGGUAAUCCCCAUUACCUGUGCUACUCAUCUUUAGCAUUCCUUAUUUUCUGCCCCUUGAAGUAGAUGUAGUUGCAAUGCACUUUACCCUUUAAGACUUGGUAAAUAUUUUUUAAUUCAGUCUCCUUAAAGGCUGGGAUGUUAGGUUUAGCAUCUGUAAUGUAGGAUUCAGUUUUCAGCUGAAAUCUCUCCACAGCAUUUAGAUCAUAUUUAUUUUGGGCCCAGAAGUGUGUAAAGUGAGAAACUACCAAUAUUUAACCAUUUUCUGUAGUAACUGAGACGUGAAGUUUACAUAAACUAGGUCCUGCAAAAAUCACGGCAUCUCUAUCACUUCUAACUUUCGUGCAUAACACAUAAUUGGCUGCUACCCUUCAAGCACAUUUGACAAGGGAAAGCCUUUAACUGUAGGUAUUCCUUAAUGCAAUGGGAAAGACAUACAUUAGUGUAUCUUUUAAACAAGGACACUGAGUUGAUAAAAAAGAUGAAACAGCGACCAAAAGUACAUAACGAAGAUGGUACUAGAAAUACAGUUGGUGAGAAUUUAAUCCAUUGGUUAUAUCAGGAAAAUAUAUUUUUUCUCAAAUUGAUUUCAAGAGGAGGGGCAUUUGUUUUAAUUUUGUGAUGUUUCUUGGUGACUCCAUAAAACAAUAUAAAGACUAUUCUGAAAACCUUAACUCUCAUGAGAACAUUUUUUGUUUCCCCGGUAAAUGUUUUGCAUGUGACAGGGGUUGAAUGUAAUGGUGUGUGUUGAAGCCCUAUUCCUGUUCCUAUUAAAGUCUACAGAACUUUUAUAGAAAUCUUAAGUAUUCAAAUGACAUUUAAUAUCAUAAACUGUUUCAUUUCCCCCCUAGAUGUUUGGAUAGUUGUGCAUGUAUAUUUACACCUCUGACUAGGGCUUGGGUGUAAAAAGGGCCACAGAAAGGUGUAAGUUGUACAAAGUCCAAACCAAUGUCAAAACAGGGCUGGUCUUUUGCAGGUGACAGACCAGCAGUUGAUUUUGCUGUUUUUUUAACAGCAUGUAUCGGCUCCAAAUCUGCCUAUCCUUGGUUUUGUUUUAUAUUUAACCACUUCUCAAUGAGACAGAGUUAUGAGAGAGCAGAUUGUCUUUAUUCACUGUCAGUGAAGUAAAAAUGCAAGUUCUAAUUAAUGUCAGUUACUACUUUGAGCAUAUAAUGAUGUAUCUGAUUUGGACCUCUAUUUCUAAGCAGUAUUCUCUUUGUGUAAGGUGGGAUCAAUGGUGAAAUUCCAUUUCUGCACUGUACUAAUUUAUUUAAUGGCUGCAAAGAAGAUGAAACUGAUUUAGUAGGACCUAAUAGUGGACUGAAACCUGAAAUUCUCCUAUUUCCCCUAAAGAAGUUUGGUCCUUUGGUUUGAUAGAUAGAAUUAGGUAUUUUUGGAAUUUAAUUGUAAGAUCUUUCCCAUCUUUUCCUUGAGGUAGCAAUUCAGGCAUUUAUAUUUGACAGUAUUUACUUAAUAUAAACAUGAGUUCAUUUAUGAUAUCUUUAUUUUAAAUUCAUAUACACUCCAAAAGAAAAUUCAGGAGCAAUUCCACCACAAAAAACUGCGUUAAGAUGGAGUCAAGGUUGCUGAUGUCCUUCUUUCAGAGCAUACAUAAGAGACAAGAGUUUGUAAGGUUCUUCUGCAAUAUUUAGGAAUUACUUCCUCUCUUCGAUGAGAUAAGUGAAUAAGAAAAAACCCAAACAACUUAGCAGCUGUAACUCUGACCAUGUAUACGUUAUUUCUUGUGAUACUGUGCUGUAAGGUAUGUGACUAAGUCUGUCAGAUGUCUUAUGAGGAUAUUAUCCUAACACAGUGUUUACUCCAGAUUAACGCAGUAUUUUGUUUGGAAAUAUGUAGGUGUACAGAUAGAAUAUGAGAGAUAAAGUUACCUUUAAAGUUGAUGAAACAAGUGUUGGACAUUUCUAUAUUUUUAUAUAUUACAAAGGGCAUUUUGAAUUUUUCUUGCAGUUUUAGUAAUUAUUUAGUGUGGUAAUAUACAUAUAUUGUGACAACAUUUUCUGCUAUAUCCAUUACUUUGGUGUAAUUCUAUUUUAUGUAGCAAAUAUGUGUAUAUACAAAGGAGAUUAUGUAAAAAAUAUGAAUAAGAAAUAGGCUCGAACCCUUCAGAACAGGGACCAUCUUCCUCUGUGUCUGCAAAGUACUUAAUGCCUUGGGGGCCCAGCCACAGCUCACGUCUGAGACCCGUGGUGUCCGAAUUUCCAAGUGAUGAGCGUGGAGGAGCAGCUCCUCUGCUUUCCACGAGAAGCCUUAGUAGAAAAGGUGCCGUGAAGCUCACCUUGCCACUCCCUGGUGGUGGGGCUGUGCUCUGCGUGGCCAUUCCCAAUGCCACCUGCCAACAACCCGGAGAGCCCAGAGUCCGUGUGUUUGUUUGCUCCAGUCCUUCGCUUUGGCAGUAAGAAAGGGAGUCUGUGGUAGGAGCUUUGAUGUCAUCAGAGGAAUCUUCCUUGUUAGCAGGACGAUCCUUCCAGAGCUUGUUCAGGCCUCACGUAGCGUCCUUUGAAGCCAAACAAAUGAUUUGUGUUGACUUCAAGGGUCACUGGAUGUGUUCCUGCAAGAUCAAGUUCUGCUGACGUAACAGCUCUGUUACACCUGAGGACCUGGUUGGUCAAGUUCUUCAGGAAUGGUCUAAAAAUACUGUAAAAAUAUAAAUAUAUUUAAUUACAUGUACUGAAAAAAAAAUCCUAUUUGUUGUGGUCAGAGUUCAGAUUCCUAUGUGAAUUUUGAUUUCUUAGUCAUACUUGCAUAUAUAUUGCUUUAACUAUUAUGUAUGAAAGAGGAAGUGAUUCUAAAGUGUGUGAAAGAUCAGGAUUACACCUGUUUUUUAACAGUUAUGUUAUUUAGGAAUGGAUGUCAGCAAAUUUAACUCCAUAUUAAUGCAGUUUUUUUGCAUUAGAAUAUGUGUGUAUAUCAUACACCCACAUUUUAUAUAUAAUAUAUUAUAUAUUUGGUACUAACUUUGUAUUUUCCCUGAAAUUUUGCCAAAUCUCAAACACAGAUGUUCUCACUUGUAAGACUUUGGUACUUAAUAACUGAAUGUAUAAGAAAUACUCUGGUAUGAAAGGAAAGAGUGUUGUAUGGUGUCCCACAAUACAGAUGUCUCCACCAGCAGGCACGUUGCCUUUUUCACAUCUCGCUUCGUUGCAGCAUCACCUUUCGUCUCCUGAAAAAGUCUGUGAUUUUUAACUAAACUGCAGACCUGCCGUUACAGUACAGCUGAAUACCGUGCUAGCAUGAAAGCUGACUGGUAGUAGUAAGAAUACAAUAGUCACCAGUGUGCCACAAAUGCAUUUAUUAAAUGCAGAAAUAGACAUUUCUACAAAGGCCAAAAUCUUAUGUUGUAUGUUCCUUUCUUGUCAUUACAUUGUAUGAUAUUGUAAGAUUAUUGUAUGUCCUAAUUUGCAUUAUAAAAUGUUUUUUCCUACUUAAAGGCAUAAAUAUAGCAACUUUGUAUAAAGGUAGCUUUCUAGAUUUUUAUUUCUUUUAUAUAAAAAAGUCUAAACAGUGGGAGUACCAUUGCCAAAUUGUUUAUAAAAUUACAAUUAAUUUGCCCUGUUCAGUGAAUUUGUUUUUACAAACAUUCCAUCUGGGUUUUUUUUACAAACAUUCUUUUAUGAAAAAAGUGAUAUUAUACUAUGCAGAAAGAGUGUAUUUUUAUGCCAUUCCACAUUAAUCUUAAAAAAAAUAAUUUCACUUAUUCUAAGCUGUCAUUAUUGGGAAAGCUUACCAAAUGUGCAUUUUUUAAAAAUGUAUUAUGUAUUAUGACAACAUUUUUCCCCUUUACCAGUGCCAACUUCAUUUGGAAAAAAUAAAAUAAUUGUAGCAUGGCAAUAAACUAUUGAUUUUACAUUGAAAAUCGUCCGUGGGCUACUUCAAUAUUUCACAGUAUUAGUGUCACUGUCUUGUAUUUCAUUAGU